AUGGGAUCGCAUCAUGUCGUCGGCGACUCGCCGUUUAUGAAGCGGGUCCUGAUUCCGUUCUGGGUCAUCAGGAUUCUGAUUAUGCUCUUCGAGAUUGGAAUGUAUGGCCUUGCAAUCGGUGUGAUUGCCGCCUACUCGGACGACAUCGAGGACCAGCUAGAGGAGCAUUACAAUGCCAGCACCAGCGUCACAGCCGCCAUUGCCAUAUUAGUGGUCAUUCUGCUCAUCAUUGUGGCAUGCCUCGUCCUCGACAUUGUCUGCAUCGUUAAGCGUGCAAGACGAACACUGAGCCCGCGCUUCUUCCUCAUCACCAACGUCGUUCAGACAACGAUUUGGACAAUCAUGUUCAUUCUGUCCAUGAUUGGCGCCAGAACCGGGCUUACCAUUGCGAUUGCUAUCAUCAUCUAG